GCUGCGGAGUCCGGGACUGGAGUUCCUCAGGUGGGUUCGUGCCCGAAAGACUGAGCGCUGUAGCUGCUCUCUCUUUGCGCCUGGGAGGGCAGAUAUCCCCCGCUGGCCUCCGCGGUCCCGCAUCGCUGCCUACGGGACGUGGGAAAGGGAACCUCCCCUGUGCCCCUGAAGUUUGCCUCGCUGAAGGAAGCGCACAACUAUAGAACAGAAAGCUAGGGAGGGGCCUGCUACCUAUCCGGAUCUCGGAGACUCAGGACUGUGCAAUGCUACUUUUCAUCCUGACGGCUUUGUGCCUUUGGCUGCGCUUAGCGCUGGGCGUUCGCGGCGCUCCCUGCGAGGCGGUGCGGAUCCCCAUGUGCCGGCACAUGCCGUGGAAUAUCACGCGGAUGCCCAACCACCUGCACCACAGCACUCAAGAGAACGCCAUCCUGGCCAUCGAGCAGUACGAGGAACUAGUGGACGCGAACUGCAGCACGGUGCUGCGCUUCUUCCUCUGCGCCAUGUACGCGCCCAUAUGCACCCUGGAGUUCCUGCACGACCCCAUCAAGCCCUGCAAGUCCGUGUGCCAGCGUGCGCGCGAUGACUGUGAGCCGCUCAUGAAGAUGUACAACCACAGCUGGCCAGAGAGCCUGGCCUGCGAUGAACUGCCAGUCUAUGACCGCGGCGUGUGCAUCUCGCCCGAGGCCAUCGUCACUGAACUCCCGGAGGAUGUUAAGUGGAUCGACAUCACACCAGACAUGAUGGUACAGGAAAGGCCUUUGGACGUGGACUGCAAACGCCUAAGCCCAGACCGGUGCAAGUGCAAAAAAGUUAAGCCAACUCUGGCAACAUAUCUGAGCAAAAACUACAGUUAUGUUAUUCAUGCCAAAAUAAAAGCUGUGCAGAGAAGUGGCUGUAAUGAAGUAACCACAGUGGUGGAUGUGAAAGAGAUUUUCAAGUCCUCAUCACCUAUUCCUCGAACUCAAGUUCCGCUCAUCACUAACUCUUCCUGCCAGUGUCCUCACAUCCUACCCCAUCAAGACGUCCUCAUCAUGUGUUAUGAGUGGCGCUCACGGAUGAUGCUUCUUGAAAAUUGUUUAGUUGAAAAAUGGAGAGAUCAACUUAGUAAAAGAUCAAUACAGUGGGAAGAGAGGCUUCAGGAACAGCGGAGAACAAUUCAGGACAAGAAGCAAACAGCUGGUCGCACAAGUCGUAGUAACCCCCCCAAAGCAAAGGGAAAACCGCCUGCUGCCAAACCAGCCAACCCCAAGAAGAACAUUAAAGCUAGGAGUGCCCAAAAGAGAACAAACCCAAAGAGGGUGUGACCUCAAUUCUUUCCAGAAUGGAGAAUUCCCUUUAGGGUGAAGCCAAGUGACACACUCCCUACCAUAGAAGACAACUGCAGUAUUCCUCAUAGACAUAUCAAGCAGUAUUUUCCUCAACGAUAAGCUCCAAUUUUUCUUUGAAACCAUCACAAGCCAUAGUGGGAUGACAGGUAAUAUGAAAAUUGAUUGGAAAACAAACAAAACUGUACAUACUCUGGAGCUCUCCAUGUAAAGGAAAGGUGAUUUUGUUCUUACAGUUUGACCUAAUCAGUAUCUUUUAAAAUAAAUCUCAUAAACAAUGUGCCUUUUUCAGUUUGGCUUGUUAGAAUGUUAGCAAUAUUUUGACAUGCGAUUGAAAACAGUGCUUGUACGAAGGAAAGUAAGGGUGGAUGUUUCAAAGAGCUUUGUAUGUUUACUGUUAGCAGAACAAUUUCUGCGAUACAAGGAAAGUUUUGAACACUAAAGAAAAGCAAAAUAUGGAAAAAUUGUAGUUUAUACAAAGGUGACUUUCUGUUCUGUGUUUAGCUAGAAAACUCUAAAAAACUAAAGUAGUAAUAACAAUAAAGAAAGGGAACAGUAGGGGCCGUCCUGGUGGGGCAACCCUUAAGCGAAAGGGUUGUGAAACUAGCCACAGCUGCCUUAGCAGGCGUUGGAUCUGGGCCCCACAUGGCUGGCAGACCUCUCCUGACCCGCCUGCUGCUCCCCUCAGCAGUGUAC